GUGCCCUCUCCUCCAGCCGCACCCGCAGAAGCCUCUCAACCCAUUACGCCAGCCCAGCAUAAGUUUCUCCUUCAUGGCAUUCGAAAUAUCAAGCGCACCAAAGAUGCCUUUGCGUUCAACGCUCCCGUGGACCCCAUUAAGCUCAAUAUCCCCUCUUACUUGGAUUUCAUCAAGAAGCCAAUGGACCUGGGCACAAUGGAAGACAAACUUAAGCGCGGCGCAUACUCUUCCAUUGACGAGUACGUUUCCGAUUUUCACCAGAUUGUCGAGAACACCACAAUCUUUAACGGCGCCGAGCAUCCAGUUACCAAGGCUGCAGUGAAUAUGAAGGGCACGUUUGACAAGCAGAUGAGCAACCUGCCACGCGCCGAUGUCACGGAGCCCACACCUGCCGAGAAGAAAGCAGCUAAGAAGGCUUCUGUUUCUAAGGCUAGCGCUGCACGACGAGACGGUGAUGGCCGUCCGAAGCGCGAAAUCCACCCUCCUCCGCCUCGCGACCUUCCUUAUUCGAGCGUGAAGCCAAAAAAGAAGAAGUAUCAGCUGGAGCUCCGCUUCUGCCAAGAGGUCGUCAACGAAAUGAACAAGCCCAAAUAUCAAAUGUUCGCCUUUCCAUUUUAUCAACCUGUGGAUCCCGUUGCUUUGAACAUUCCCCACUACCACAAAAUUAUCAAAAAGCCAAUGGAUCUUGGCACCGUUAGCUCAAAGCUAAAGGGAGGACAGUACGAAAACGCCAAGGAGUUUGAAAGUGAUGUGCGUCUCAUGUUCGCCAACUGCUUCAAAUUCAACCCUCCUAUGGACCAAGUUCACCAGAUGGGUCGGCAGUUGGAGGAGGUGUUCAAUCGCAAAUGGGAUCAAAAGAAGGAAUGGAUCGAAGAUCAUACUCCGGCUUCUGGCCCGCACUCACCUGGCACUUCCCCCGAGCCCGAAGAGGAAGAAGAGGAGGAGGAAGAAGAGAUGGAGGAAGAGGAGGAGAAUGAAAUUAGCAUCCUGCAGAAGCAGAUUGCUGCCAUGUCGAAGCAAGUUGAGAUGAUCAAGAAAAAGUCGUCACCACCGGCCCCGACGAAGAAGGGAGUCAAGAGCGCCAAGCCUGCAAAGAAAGUGGGCAAGAAGAGCGCCACUACUGUCACCUUACCAGCCAAGGUUGAAAAGAAGGCCAAGCCCAAGGUCAAAAAGGAGCGCAUUCCAUAUGUCACGUACGAGGAGAAGCAGGAGAUUUCCAACCGCAUCAACACUCUUCCCGAGUCUAAGAUGGCCACGGCACUGAAGAUAAUCCGGGAUAAUAUGCCAAAUCUUAGGGGUGUGGACGAUGAAGAACUUGAGUUGGACAUCGAUGAACUCUCUAACGAAGUCCUUUACAAGCUUUUGACUUUCGUUCGU